UCAAAAACCUUCAGAGUAGAUUAUCCCUUACUGUGUAUGAAUAAGACAACCAUCCAGUAUGUGGGAAUCCUUGUGGUUCCAAUGCUUGAGAUACCCUCCAGAAAGGGAAUUGAAAACCCAAGUUUUCCACCUUCAUGCCUUUUUAUCAUGACCACUGGAAUACAGUGUUUUAAGGAAGGGAAGGUCUUUUCUCUUUUGUGAACAGCACCCAAAUCUCCUUGUGGCUGUUAUGCUACACAGUAUUUUAAAAGUUGAAAUGUGAAGAUGUCAAUCUUCUUGAAUCUUUUCUUAAUCUUUCUGAUCACAAAUAUUAAAUGAAUUGACCAAGUUCCUGGAUAGUGUGCUUGAUUCAAGCUACAUUUUAUGGAUGUUAAUAAAGUAAUUGCUAAAAAAGCCCACAGAAACAAACUUAUUCCCAAUGAAACUGUGCUGUAAGUAAAAGAGCAAGAGAAGUGAAGUUGCUCUUGUUCUAAGGAGUACUACUUACUGAAUGAUAUUCCUUUAGAAAAGAAGUAUGUGAAUUAAAAUUACUCAGUUGCUGUCUGUCAAAGUAAAAAGAUUAAAGCGGUAAACUCUUACUGUCAUUGAUAUUUGCUAUUCUUUAGGUAUUUUAGUUUCAAAACCACAUAGUUACAUACAGACAUAUAUAAGAAUCAUUAGUUGUAACUCGUUAACUCUGUUCAAGCAGCUGCCAACCUUUAAAAAUUAUUCAUUUUCAUCAUGAAAUGUAAAGUUGUAGUAUUUAUUCAGUGCAAAAUUUCAAUAGAAGUUGACAAGGGGCUUGCACGGUAUAGAUGUUGAGCCAGUGCCUGCAGAAUUAACCCGCUGCUAUCAACUGAAUUUGUCAUCUUUAAACCUACAAAUAAUUCAGUCUUUGAAAAAAAUUUCAUUAUGAUCUAAAUAUACUAAGCAUCAGACUAAACUGAUUUCCUUUCCCAUCUUAAUGCAGACUCCACAACUUGGAGAAAUCCUAACAGACCUCAGAGUUAAAUAAGAGCAUUGACAUAGUGGAAAUUACUCUUUUGAGGUUAUAAAAUACAAAAAUUCCAGUUGUCUCUUCAAGAGCAAAAGGAUGAAGGUGCUUAAAAGCACUGCCAGAUUUAUUGAGAUGCAAAAUCCAGUGGCUCUUGUUAAAACCUAAAAUACUCCUUGAAAUAUUUGCAUUAUUUCCCAUGAAGUAGAGUGGAAAUGCAAGAGGAAGUAAAAAAAAAAAAAUCUGCUCUGCAUGACUUUCCAUGAGUUAUGUUUGUCAGAAUGACAUAUAGUAGUAGAUUUUAUGUCUUUGAAACUGCUGAAUCAUGGUUCUGUCACUUGGCCUGGGGAGGCUGAGACCCAUGGGGUUUCCUCAGGCUGCUGACGCACACCCUGUGCUCUAUGAGUACUGCCUGACUGCAGUUUGCCUGUAUUGAUAGGAAGUCUCUGCUGUCGUAGUAGUAUGAAUGAAUAUGGACUGUAAAACUGAUAAUGGAGGCUUAAAUGCCUCCAUCCAAGGACUAAUGUUGUGAAAGAGCAAAGUCAGACAUCUUUUGGUGGAAAUUGUUUAUUUUGUACCACGAUACUCAAAUAUACCACUAAAUUCCUUCUCUAACUUAAGAAUGGGGAAAUUGGGUGCCAAGAAUUGCAAGUGCUAGCAGGCAAAACAAAGACAGUCUUCAUUGUUGAAAAUCUCUCAUUUUGAGCAAUUUCAUUAUAUCCUUUGCAAGGAAAUUUGAUGCCUCGCUCUGUAGUUAGGACUACCCCGUGUUUUUUCCUUUGUAGAUAUAUUUUCCUGCUUUUAAUUUGAGGAAUUCUGGCAACUUGGUCGAAGCUGCUGCUGUACUGGGCUGCUACAAAUCUAAAAUGUCCAAAUGGUUCCACAAAGCGUGUGCAGACAACCCUUCUCAAGCAUAACGUACAUCGAUUCCUCCAAGAAAUAGAGAAAAACAAGGCUGAGCACAGUUGGCUUUCUAAGAAGCAGCAGAAAAAUAUAUGUUGUCUUUAGGGGGGGAAGAAGCAACAUUUAAACUGUUGCGGUGCGUCUUGAAGAAGUGAGGUAUAAAAAAAAUAAAUAAACAAAAAUGAGUAAACCGGACCAUGGAACAUUCUUUAACACUCUCGGGAACAGUGAUGUAGAACAUCUGGUGAUUCCAAUGAGAGGUGGCUCUUUCAGCUCUAAGUAUAAACCUGUUGACUACAAACAUCUAUAUGAACUUGCUGCAGUAGAAAAAAUGGCAUCUGAAAAAAUUCAAUUAAAGAUUAAAAAAACAGCACAAUUUUCAAAAAAUAACAAAGAGCAAAUGCUGCUGAAACAGCAUCGGCAAGUGUGGUGGCAAGAGCAUAAAAGACUGAGUGAGAACAGGCAAAAAGCAGAAGCAGAAAUAAAGGCUUUUCUUGAUGAAGAAAGCCAUAAGCACGAUUUUUUUCUGGAUAUGAAGGACUUGGAGCAUAAAUUAUCAGAGGAGCGGGAUGCAUACCAAACAAAUACUAUAGCUCCUAUCUGGCAACUAAAAGAGAAUUUGAAAUUACGGCUGAAUGAAAUGCAGUGUUACCUCUCAGAAGAAUCUUGUCUGAAAUCUGAGAUCAACCCAGUUGAGAUGUUACAACAGAUCAAAUUUGUGAAGAAGCAACAGAAAGCAAUUUUGGAAUUCCUUAUCCUUGAAAGUUUGGCUUUGGAAAGAGAGAUGGAAGACUACAAAACAAAAAUGUUCGAGCAUUCUUUUGAAGAGAAAAAUGGACUUUUCCUUGAAGUUCCUUCCUCACUACUGUCUUUGAAAUGCCCCUACCCUGAUUUGAAGACCUUCCUUAUCAAUGAAUACCGAAAGCUUGCUAGCGGGUACUGGUCUAAGCUUCAAGAGAUCGAUCGACAGCUAGAAGUUUUAUGUAGCAACACUGAAUGGAAUGAAGAAGAUCAGUGGAUUUUCCAGGCUGUUAUCAAUCAGUAUCCUAGUGAUCUUCAGAAGAGGACGAAAUUGUGUCUCGAUGUGCUGCAGAGAUACCUUCCUCACAAAUCUAGGCAUGAUCUGGUUGUUCAUAAGAAAGCUUGGGAUCAUUACCAUUUCAUUAGGAGUCGACGCAGAGCCUUGAUAUUAGAUUGGGCUCAAACUAGGAAAGCCUUUUUACAUAAGGCAGUGACAACUGCUGCUGAAGCCUCCGCUGCUCAUGAGAUGGAAGUAGUGCUGGCUAACACCAGACAAAGGCAACUGGAGAUUUGUGCUGACCUGAAAGCAAAGGUUCUACAGUGGAAAGCACAGCAGGAAGAGGCUGCUAAACUAGAAGCUGCUGUAGCUGCUAGAAGAAAAGAAGAGAAAGAUGAGAAAGAAAGGCUACAGAAAGAACAGAAAAUUAUUCGUAGAGCUCAGGAGAAAGAGAAAGUGAAAAAGUACUGGGCUGAGAAGCAGCUCAAGUGGCAAAAACAGGAAGAGAAAACUCUACAGCAUCUAGAGGAAUUAAGAAAAUUAAUGUCUGAACAAGCAGUUAAAGACAGAGAAAGGGUAAAGUUUAGACGAGCAUUACUAGAAAAACGGUUGCUAGAGAAAAAGGAACUAUCCCUUCAAGCAGCACAUGAAGAAGAGGAAAAAAAGAAAUGCCUUGCACUGCUACGACAACAGGUUGCUGUUGUUGCAAAAUCAGAUCCAGCUAGAGUAGUGGCUGAUACAGUGGCAUCUAAAGCUCGGAUGGGCAUUGGAACCAAAGAAGAAUUUGAUAUUCAGAAGCCACUGUUUCAGUUGCAUACAUACAAUGAACAGCAGAUAAUUUCUGACCCUAGACUUCGUGUUGAGCUAGCUCUUCGAGAAGCUGGUCUUCAUAAAACACUUUAUGCAAAAGAGAUUUUACCAAAAAUUCCUCCACUGAAGCUGCCAAGAAGAGACAUGGAAUCUACAGCUUUUAAAAUGUGAGCAACUCUUGUGUCAAAAGUAGAGAAGCUUUGGGGGUAUUGUCUGGCCUAUAAUGUGAAAACUUUAAAUAAAUUUCCCUUAGUCUGUGCCAUGGAA